AUGUUAAUAUGUGUGAAAAUGUGUGAUAAAUCUUGUGACAGAAGCAAACUUUCUGAUGUAAACAGAGACGUUUGUGUAAGAUCUUCAAAUGAACAAGUAUUGAACCUGUUCUUGGAGGGGGCGGCUCCUGUAAAUACUGAUGAGCUUCAGAAACUUGUGUUUUGUUUUGUCGCAGCAGCUGUUGCACUCUUCUUUCCACGCACACACCGCUUUAAUAAUAAAGCCUUUAUUCAUACUGCUAUCAGCACCAUGGAGAGCUCUAAUACAGAUGAGAAGGUUAUUACAGCAGCUGAACCUCCACUCAGUGUGUAA